AUGGCCUCGGCCAACUUCAUGUCAGAGACGACAUUCCCCGUGUUCUUACGACAACUGAACCUACCUCUCCAUCCUGCCGUCUGGACAGACUACGUUGCUCUUGUCGUCUUCGCCGGUUUAUUGGUCGUCUAUCUGACUCGCGGUCUUCUCUGGGACGUCCCUGACCCCUAUUACCACGUCUACUUUGAGCGACCCCAAUCGGACGGGAAGGAUCAAAACUCAGCAAAGUCAAACCAGACAAAAGCUCAACGCAGCAUUGCAAAGAAGCUGAACGAAACCGACAAACGGGCAGUCAUCUUCUGGGGCUCUCAAUCAGGCACGGCCGAGCGCUUCGCAACCCAACUGGCCAAGGAAUGUCAAUCGCGGUUCGGGCUGGGCUGUCUGGCGGCUGACCUGUCCGACUACGACGCAGAGUCGAUCGCUGAAUUGGCACCAACGCAGUUGGCCAUCUUCAUUCUGUCCACUUACGGCGAGGGCGAUCCGAGCGACAAUGCCACUGGGUUCUGGGACUGGAUCAACAACAACUUGAACAACAGCAACAAUAGAGCUACAACCCACCCAGCGGCGGCACCACUCCUGUCGAACCUCCAAUACGCCGCAUUCGGCCUGGGAAACAGCAACUACAAAUACUUCAAUCGAGUCGUCGACGUGGUGGCACAGACAUUGACCGAGAAUGGCGCGACCCUACUUCUCCCCGUAGGCAAGGCCGAUGAUGCCCAGCGCUCAACCGAAGAAGAUUUUUUGGCGUGGAAAGACGCGCUGUACGCCAUGUUCAGAACGUAUCUCGGUCUUGAGGAGCGGGUCGUCGAGUACCAGCCGGCCAUUACCAUUGUGGAAGACGAAUCCUUGACAUCGAUCGACCUGCAUCAUGGCGAACCUGUUGGAGUGAUCAACAACAGCAACAAUUGUUCGCCGAUCCGCGCCUUGUCCAUCAAGAAUGCGCGGGAAUUGUUUGCUCCUUCAUUGUCCGGGACCGACAGAAACUGCGUCCACAUGGAGCUAGAUCUGGCCGAGUACCCGGACAUCCAUUACAAGACCGGUGACCAUCUCGGCGUGUGGCCGAUCAAUCCCAACCACGAAGUCGACGAGCUGUUGACCGCGCUCCAGCUGCAUGAACGGCAAGACGUGCCCGUUUUGCUGAAAUCGGUCGAAGGGGAGGGCGCCAAACUCCAGCUUCCGUCGCCGACCACGGUUCGCGCCCUGUUCACACACUACCUCGAGGUGUCUGCACCCGUCUCUCGCAGCACGAUCCAAGGCCUGUUGGCCUUCGCUCCGACCGCCGAGGCCAAGUCCUACCUACUCAAGCUCGCGCAAGAUAAGGACGUGUAUGCGUCGUACCUGGCCACAACGCACCUCACGCUCGGCCGGCUGCUGAGGCUGGCGAGCCCCAAUGAGCCAUGGACGGCUCUGCCGCUGUCGUUUGUCGUCGAGGCGUUGCCGCCAAUCCAGCCGCGCUAUUACUCGAUUUCGUCCAGCAGCGUCCUCAGUCCACGGCGAGCCGCCAUCACGGCACUCGUGGCGGCCGAUGCUCUCCCCGCCAAUCCGCAGCAGAAAAUCAAUGGUGUGGCAUCAAAUUAUCUGCUUGCGCUUUCAAAGUCACAGUCUUCGCACGCUCAUGAUUCUGCUUCGGCAGAAGCAAAGGAUAUUGCUCCUCCAGAGAUUGACGCUACCACGUACGACGUGGCGGGCCCGUCAAACCUGCUACAGGGCACCAAGCUAUUUGCACACGUGCGCAAGAGCAAAUUCAAGCUCCCGCUCCAAAGCAGCUGUCCGAUCAUCAUGGUAGCAGCGGGAACUGGGUUGGCGCCCUUUCGAGCGUUCGUGGCCGAGCGCGCCAAACUGCACUCCAUCGGUAAGCCCGUCGGCGAGAUGCUGCUGUUCUUCGGGUGCCGCCAUCCCGACGAGGAUUUCAUCUACCGUGACGAGCUGAUGCGGGUGGCUGUGGCCGGAUCCGAUCAGGAUUCCGAUUCCUCCCCCUUGCUCAAAGUGGUCACCGCGUUUUCUCGAUUGCCCGGCGAACCCAAGGUCUAUGUGCAACAGCGGGUGCGCGAGUACGGCAGACAAGUAGUCGACUUGAUCGAGGACAAGGGCGCCAACUUCUAUAUCUGCGGUCGUGCCGCAAUGGCUCGCGAGGUCGGCGCCAGUGUCGCCGAGGCCAUUAAGGAGGCUAGAGGCUGGGACGACUCUCAAGUCAAGAGUUGGACUGAAGGGCUCAAACGCAGGGGCAAGUGGCGUGAAGAUGUGUGGGGUUAG